UCCAAAUUCAUACAAUAAAGAAAGAACCAAAAAUAAAGAAUUGAUUGAAUAUUGGUGAUUAUUCCAAAGAGCAACAAUAUGUAUGUCGCCUUCCCCAAGAUGUCAAACAAUAUAGGAUUGAAUUUGAACAUCUCCUUAACGAAGGGAAUACCCAUUCUGAGGAGAGUUAGGGUUUAUCAUUCUUUGUUUUCAUCCGCUUCAGUUGCUCGCGUCCAAUCCUCUAGCGCCAACCGAACGGGUCGGCGGUGGGUUCUCACAGUAGUAGGGGCUUCAUUCUGGUCACAGUUCAUCAGUAUGACUACCAAUUUUGGCCGCAAGUCUUUCCUUGCCUCCGCCGCACAAAAGGGAGAAAUUGAUAAGGUGUUGAAGAAUUUCGAAUGGCCAGACCAAUUUCCAUUCAAGGACGAGGAUUUUCAGCGGUUUGAUGAAUCUCCAGACUUGUCGUUUUAUGAUGCACCAAGGUUUGUGACUCACAUUGAUGAUGCUGCUAUAGCAUCUCUUACUCGAUAUUAUAAGGAGGUUCUUCCACCGGCAAAUACUCCUGGAAUAGCUAUUCUUGAUAUGUGUAGCAGUUGGGUUAGUCAUUAUCCAUCAAGAUAUAAACAAGAUCGGAUUGUGGGAAUGGGUAUGAACGAAGAAGAGCUUAAGCGAAAUCCUGUUCUAACUGAGUAUGUUGUCCAAGACUUGAAUGUUAGCCCGAAGCUUCCAUUUGAAGACAAUUCGUUCGAUGUUAUUACCAAUGUGGUUAGCGUGGAUUAUUUGACAAAGCCUCUUGAUAUCUUCAAGGAGAUGAAUAGAAUCCUUAAACCAGGUGGUCUUGCUGUAAUGAGCUUCUCCAAUCGUUGUUUCUGGACAAAGGCGAUCUCUAUUUGGACAUCGACUGGCGAUUCUGAUCAUAUUUUGAUUGUGGGCUCGUAUUUCCAUUAUGCUGGAGGAUUUGAACCUCCCCAGGCUGUUGAUAUAUCUCCUAAUCCAGGACGUUCCGAUCCAAUGUAUAUUGUAUACUCUCGAAAGGUAGCUGCAGCCUAAACGAAAUAUAUGAGUAUAAGAUAUAUUUUCCCGUUUCUUUGGACUUUUUCAGGCACAAGUGCUAAAUGUUGUAGAUUACUACUAUUAUUAUGAGAAAACCAACCCAAUUGUGAUUAUAUAUAUGAAUCCUUAACCACAAAGCUCAUGAUAUUAUGAUGAAGAAAUAACUAGUUAAAUUCUGUAAAAGA